AUGUACUCAGUAGAAGUUUUAAAUCAAUUAGAAGAUAAAACUUUUGCUUAUUUACUUGAUAGUCUAAAAAGACAAUAUAAUAUAGAGAAUGAGGUGAUGCUGGAUUCACGAGAGAGCAGCAGUUUGCUUCCUUCUUUGUCAAUAGAAGGUGUACUAGGAGGAGUGUCUUCUUUAUUAGGUGGUACUCUGCAGCAGCAAACAGAUCAACGCAGCAGCAGCAGCAGCAGUGCAGCUAUAGGACUACAGCAACACCAGCAGCAGCAGCAGCAGCAAUUCCCUACCAUCUCUGUUAACAGGUGCUGCCCUAUUUGUAUGGUCGAUCUAAACAACGAUGAUAUUGUUCUUAUCAUGCCCUGCGACCCAAGGCACUUCUUCCAUCGCGCCUGUGUGGAGCACUGGCUGGAGACCAGUCAGGCAUGCCCUAUAUGCCGCGCCAACAUCGUACGAUUAAUCAUGGGGACAGACGAAGGCCAACCGCCAUCAGAGGCAGGGACCUCAAUAGAAAUGCAAGUCUAG